UCAGCGCGACAGGCGGCAAGAUGGCGUCAGGAAGUGGGUCAAAGAACGCAGAUUUCCGUCGAAAGUGGGAUAAAGAUGAAUAUGAGAAACUUGCACAGAGACGAAUCACGGAAGAGAGAGAAAAGAAAGAUGGCAAACCACUACAGCCCCCUGUCAAAAGGGAGCUUCUCAGGCACCGAGACUACAAAGUGGAUUUGGAGUCCAAGUUGGGGAAAACCAUUGUCAUUACAAAGACCACACCUCAGUCUGAGAUGGGCGGGUAA